CAACAACAACAACAACAACAGCAAGAGGGUUCAUCAAGCUAUCUUAUUUUAGGAUUAUUUUGGACCUCGGUCAUAGCUAUCGGAGCUUGUAUAAUGAGUUCAUUACUCGGUGUGAUUGGUGGACUAAGACAAAAUAAGAGAAUGGUUUAUAUAUUCGGAAUCCAUUAUGGGUUCAUAACGACUUUAAUUUUAUUUUUAUCGAUUCACUUGUGUAUUAUCACGUUAGUAAAACAAGAUUCGAUUGUAGAAGGAUGCAGAAAGAUAAUAAUGGGAACAUCACCAACAAUAAACGUGAUUAAAGUAGAAGUAGAAGAAGAAAACUCCUACUGUAUUCAAGCGAUAAAGCAGUUCUUAUUGAUAAGCGGUAUUAGUUUAUUCAUGAUUAACUUUAUUCAAAUUUACUUUGGUUUUCUUAUUUUUAGAUUUGCAAAAAAGUUAAGAAGGAAGUUUCUUUCUUCAUAAAUAAUCAUGUACUAUGCAUAUUUAUUUUUAUUCAAAUUUGUUUACUUGUAAAUAAUAAAAAAUCGUUAAAGUUAAACUCCG